AUGCCUCGUAUAUGGUUCAUCACCGGCUCUUCCUCCGGCCUCGGUCGUCAACUGGCCAUCGCAGCCGCCCAGAACAAAGACACCGUCGUCGCCGCCUCGCGCAACCCCGCCAAGCUGGCCGAUUUAGCCUCGCUGGGGGUGAUCGUGAAGAAGCUCGAUGUGCGUGCCAGCGAUGCUGAAGUCAAGGCGGUCAUCGACGACGUCCUAUCGACGGUUGGCCCGAUUGAUGUCCUGGUGAACAACGCAGGCCACCAAGAGAUUGUCGACCAAUUCGACGUCAACUUUUUCUCGCAAGUUCGCGUUCUGCGCGCCGCUCUGCCUUCCAUGCGUGCUCGUCGGUCUGGUAUCGUCGCCAACCUGGGGUCAAUCGUGGGCUGGUAUGGAUCCCCCGUGACGGGCUUCUAUUGUGCCAGCAAAGCUGCGAUCGCCAUCUACACCGAGUCCCUGCGCCACGAGCUGGCCCCUUUCAACAUCGAAGUGACCUGCGUGGAACCAGGUUCAUUCCGCACGGACUUCCUCACUGUCGGUCACAAGGUCACGGCCCAGAACCGCAUCCCCGAGCUUGAUCCCGGAACUCAGCCCACCCGUGACGCUAUCGCCGCAUUCAGUCUGCACCAGCCUGGUGAUCCCAAUAAGGGUGCUCAGAUCCUGGUCGAAGCCUUCACUAAAACUGGUCGAUGUAAGGGACGUAAACUUCCGGGAAGAUUGGCCCUGGGGAGCGAUGCCUUGGCCGCCAUUGGUGGCAGUAUCGCUCGGGAGCAAGAAAUGCUGGACAGCUGGGGGGAGAUCAUUGGGUCAACAGACUGUGAAGACGUUCAAAGUUAG